CUAGUGCCCCACCCUGGGAGCUCCCGCGCAUGCUCACUGUGCUCUCCCUGUCAAUGAGAACCCUGUGUCAGUAUGGCGGCGGGCUGCUGUAGAAAGGAUGCUGCUUUUGGUAAUGGUGUCUCUCCUGUCACCAGAAUAUGAACACGAUAGCAACGAAAAGAUAGCAAACAGAGCCUCUCGUGGUGAUCUCUUGGAGCACUGAUAUGACUAGGCUGGCCGAUUACUUUGUGCUGGUCGGGUACGACGUCGAUAAAAGGGGGAGUAGUGAUGGUCAAGGUCGGAUUCUCCAGCGCUUUCCUGAGAAAGACUGGGAGGAUAACCCUUUUCCCCAGGGAAUUGAACUGUUUUGUCAGCCCAGCGGAUGGCAGCUAUUCACCGAGAGGCAACCACCAACUUUUUUUGUAGCAGUUUUGACCGAUAUUAACUCUGAGCGCCAUUACUGUGCCUGUUUCACUUUCUGGGAAGCAGUAGAAGACUCACAGCCACAGAAGAGCCGCUCCGGUGAAGAUGAUGAGGAUUCUGGUAUUAUCCAGCCAGCCCAGAUGUUUGCUCCAAAGAGCUUGGUAUUGGUGUCUCAGCUGGACCACACAGAAGUCUUCAGGAACUGUCUGGGCCUGAUCUACACAGUACACGUAGAGGGUCUGAAAGUGCCAUUGGAGACAUUGAUUGGAAACCUACUGACAUGCUUCAUCCCCAUUGCUGGAGGAUCCCAGCCUGGCCUGGAUGAGAAAGAGGAAAGCUUGAGAACCAUAACAUUGGGGGCAGGUGAUCGGCAAGUGAUCCAGACACCCAUUAACGAUUCACUGCCUGUAAGUGGCUGUAGUGUUGCGCUACUCUUUAGACAGUUAGGAAUCAUAAACGUGCUCUACCUGUUCUGUGCUGCUCUUACUGAACACAAGAUCCUUUUGUUGUCCAGUAGUUACCAACGGCUCACAGAUGCAUGUCGAGCUCUUCUAUCCAUCAUGUUUCCACUUAAGUACUGUUUCACGUACAUCCCAAUCCUGCCAGGUAAACUUUUGGAGGUACUCUGCACCCCAACACCAUUCAUCAUUGGAGUCAGUUCCUUCUUUCGUUCAGAGACACAGGAACUGUUGGAUGUAAUUAUAGCAGACCUUGAUGGAGGGACUGUGACCAUUCCAGAGUGUAUCCACAUCUCAUUGCUACCUGAACCGCUAUUACAUCAGACUCAGACUGUACUGUCCAUGAUUUUAGAUCCAGAGUUAGAGGUUGCAGAUCAUGCUUUUCCACCAUCUACUAUUCAGCCUUCUUCACUUAAAAUCCAGGAUAAAGAAAUCCGUGCUGUGUUUCUGUGGCUGUUUGCACAGCUGUUUCAGGGUCAUCGCUGGUGUUUGCAUAUCAUUCGCGUCCACCCUGAACCUGUCAUCCGAUUUCAUAAGGCUGCGUUUUUGGGUCAGCGUGUUCUGACUGAAGAUGAUUUUCUCAUGAAGGUAUUGGACGGGAUGGCAUUUGCUGGUUUUGUAUCAGAGAGGGGACCGUCUUACAGAGCAAUUGAUCUUUUUGAUGAACUUAUAGCCACUGAAGUUGAUCGAAUGAGAUUGGAGGAGGGAAAUCCACACAAAGUAAUGAAGCACAUCAAGGAGCUGGCUGAACAACUCUUCAAAAAUGAGAACCCUUACCCAGCCGUUCCCAUGCACAAGGUACAAAGGCCAACAGAGGGCUCGCACUUGCGGUUACAUCAGACAACCUUCCCCCACCUUGAUGAGGUGACAGUUCAGCUGUUCAUUGACCAUGCCGCCGCCAAACAAAAAAACGAAAUACCUGCUGUUAAAUCAGAGAAGAAAUGUAUGGUGCCAUCCGGCCCUCCCCCCGAUGCCAUCAUUGACAGCAAUGUCCUAGCUAACAGUGCUCGGAGAUUAGAAGUGGUCAGGAACUGUAUUACUUACAUCUUUGAAAACAAAACAGUAGAAGCUAAAAAGUUGUUGCCUGCAGUUCUGAGGGCACUAAAGGGGCGUGCAGCCCGGCAAUGCCUGACCCAAGAGCUGAACCUCCAUGUACAACAGAACCGGGCUGUACUGGACGAUCAGCAGUUUGACUACAUUAUCCGGAUGUUGAACUGUACCCUCCAGGACUGUUCUCAUAUGGAUGAACAUGGAAUAGCAGCAGCACUUUUACCCCUCGUUACAGCCUUCUGCAGAAAACUUGGAGCUGGGGUCACCCAGUUUGCUUACAGCUGUGUUCAGGAUCACAGUGUCUGGACCAACAUGCAGUUUUGGGAGGCUAUGUUUUACAGCGAUGUCCAGAAUCACAUUCGUGCACUCUAUCUUGAAGGCAAUGAAAAUGAGGAACAUAGCCAGGAAUACAAGUCUGCACUAGAGAUUGCUUCGGAACAGAGGAGACAGUGGCCUAUGCUGAGCAAAGAUAAGCAGCAGGAGCUGAUUCAGAAGGAAGAGAGCACUGUGUUCAGUCAGGCUAUUCAUUACGCUAAUCGCAUGAGCUACCUACUGCUCCCCCUGGACACCAGCAAGAACAGGCUUCUGCGCAGCUCUGGGUUGGGGGACUUUGAGAGUGUCAGUAACAGCUAUGUCACUAACAGCAUUGCAGGUAGCAUGGCUGAAAGCUAUGACACUGAAAGUGGUUUUGAAGAUGCCGAAGGUUCUGAUGUUGCCAACUCUGUGGUCCGGUUCAUCAACAGAUUUGUGGAUAAAGUUUGCACUGAAAGUGGUGUGACCAAUGAGCACCUAAAGGCACUUCACUUGAUGAUACCAGAUAUCGUGCAGAUGCACAUUGAAACGCUGGAUGCUGUUCAUAGGGAAAGUAAGAGACUGCCAGCUAUACAAAAGCCAAAGCUGCUGCUUCCGGCACUGCUGGUGGGUGAGGAGCUGGUGAUGGAGGGGUUGAGGGUAUACCUCAUUUCAGAUGGCCGAGAUGAGGCAACAGGUGGAAUAAUGGGGGGACCACCCUUGCUUCCUGCAGAGGGAGCGAUCUUCCUUACCACUUACCGACUCAUCUUUAGAGGGACUCCCACUGACCCCUUGGUGGGUGAGCAGGUGGUAAUUCGGUCAUUCCCCAUUGCAUCCCUGACAAAGGAGAAGAAGAUUUCUGUUAGUGUGCAGAUGGACCAGUUCAUCCAGGAAGGGCUGCAGUUACGAUCGUGCACAUUCCAGUUAAUGAAGAUUGCUUUUGAUGAGGAGGUAGCAUCUGACCUGGCAGAAGUGUUCAAGAAACACCUCCACAAACUGCGCUACCCACAGCAUGUUAAUGGGACUUUUGCUUUCACUGUUGGACAGUCGUUUAAACUGGUGGAUGAACACAAACAUAAGGAGAAGAACCAGUCGUUAAGAACCCUUUCUAAGAACCUUGUGAAAAAUGCUAAGAAAACGAUGAGCCGUCAGCAUGUGACACGAAAGAAGUACACGCCCCCAACGUGGGAAAACAGGGGCAGCCUUCAGUCUCAGGUUGAUGAGGAUGACAUUUCAGUUUCGGAAGAAGUGGACCAGCGCUCCUUGACCCUGUCUUCCACCAUAAAAUCCUCUGAUAGGCAAACAAUGAGCAACGUGGUGGAGCGGGCAUGUUGCAAGGACUAUCAGCGGCUUGGCCUGGGCACCCUGAGUAACAGCCUGACAAGAUCAAAACAUGAACCUUUCAGGAUAUCCACUGUAAACCGCAUGUAUGCGGUUUGUCGGAGCUAUCCAGGCCUGCUGAUUGUGCCCCAGAGCAUCCCAGACUCCACUAUUCAGCGGAUAUCACGCUGCUACCGGCAGAACCGCUUCCCUGUGGUUUGUUGGAGGAACUCCCGGACAAAGGCUGUUCUGCUCAGGUCGGCCGGGCUGCAUGGCAAGGGAGUAGUGGGAUUCUUUAAGUCCCCUAAUGCACCAACAGCAGGACCCUCUCAGGCAGACUCCACCAGUCUGGAGCAGGAAAAGUACCUGCAAGCCAUCAUCAAUUCCAUGCCUUCCUACUCGGAUGCAAGCGGGAGGAACACACUGAGUGGCUUCACCUCUGCACACAUGAGCAGCUCAGAUUCUUCAGAUAAGCAGAGACAGCCAAAGAUUGGAGCCCUUAUGAAACAGGUGAUGGGCAGCAAAGAAGAGCUUCCAGGUACCUUUAGCAGGGGAGCCUCUGUGCUAGGUCACAGAGCUAGGGUCACCUCUCUAUCACAACGUAGAACAUCCGUGAAGGCAAGAAACCUUCCGAGAGGGAAAUGGGGCAGUAUUCGUGGUGGUGGGCUGAUGAGCAGCUAUAGCCCAGACAUUGCAACCAGGCUAGCAGGAAAAGAUACAUCAUCCCCACAAACCAAUGGAGGGCCGUCCGAGGCACACUUCGUCCAACAGCAAAGGGCUUACCUAUACAUCAUAGGAGACAAGUCACAGCUAAAGGGUACAAAACAGGAUCCUCUUCAGCAGUGGGAAGUGGUACCUAUUGAGGUUUUUGAUGUGCGGCACGUGAAAACUAGCUUCAAAAAGCUAAUGAAGGCUUGUAUUCCUAGCUGCACAUCCACUGAUCCCAACAUGCCCUAUUACCGGUGCCUUGAGGAGUCAGAGUGGCUGUGUCUAAUCCACAAGGUUCUUCAGGUUUCAGUGUUGGUGGUGGGGCUGUUGGACUCUGGCUCUUCAGUUAUGGUCAGCCUAGAAGAUGGAUGGGACAUCAGCACACAGGUGGUCUCCCUUGUUCAGCUGCUGUCGGACCCUUACUACAGAACAAUGGAUGGUUUCCGGUUGCUAGUGGAGAAGGAGUGGCUAUCUUUUGGUCACCGUUUCAGCCAUCGUGGUGCACAGACUUUGGCCAGCCAAAGCAGCGGCUUCACUCCUGUAUUUUUGCAAUUCCUGGACUGUGUUCAUCAGAUCCACCUUCAAUUCCCCAUGGAGUUUGAGUUCAGUCAGUACUACCUGAAGUUCCUGGCCUACCACUAUGUUUCCAACCGUUUCAGAACCUUCCUGCUAGAUUCGGAUUAUGAGAGGAUUGAACUUGGUGUGAUGUAUGAAGAGAAAGGUGAAAGAAAAAACCAGCAGGUGUACAAGUCUGUUUGGGAUUACAUCGACCGGCUGAAUAAGAAAACCCCCAUCUUCUUUAACUACAUGUUUGCUCCAGAGGAUGGAGAGGUGUUGAAGCCAUACAGUUUCAUCUCAAACCUGAAAGUGUGGGAUUUCUACACAAAUGAGACCCUGUCAGAAGGCCCCUCCUAUGACUGGGAGUUGGUGUACGGAAGACAGGAGCAAAUGGACGAGAGCGACCGCCAGGACACAUCUGCCCCCAAAUCCCAGCGCAAAAUCAUCUGGCCCUGCUACGACAACAGGAGCAAAGUGGAGCCGGACGCCAUCACUAAACUCUUCCAGGAGAUUCAGUCUCUGGAGAUGGAACUGGGACAGGUUUCUGAGAAGUGGAAGGAUAUGUGGGAUAAGAUCAAAGCCACGCAAAGAACAGAGUCAAAACUGGAAAGCAGGCACUCGCUGUCCAGCUCUCUGCUAAUGUCUUCAAACCUGAGCCACCACCGGCGGUCACAGGGCAUGUAUGUGAAGGAGAGCAGGGUUGGCUCCUCCCUCAACCUGUCUAUGGACAGCGAGAGCAGUGUCACUGCCACACCUUCCAGCGGCAUGGGGCGUGGCCAGCAGAGCACCAGCACCCUUUACAGCCAGUUCCAGACCUCUGAGAGCGAGCACAGGUCAUUUGAGGGAAUACUCUACAAGAAGGGUGCUUUACUAAAGCCAUGGAAACCCCGCUGGUUUGUGUUGGACAAAACUAAGCAUCAGCUGAGGUACUACGAUGCCAGGCAGGAUAAAGACUGUAAGGGUGUGAUUGAUCUUGCUGAAGUGGAGUCUGUUAUCCAAGGGACACCCACAAUGGGAGCCCCAAAAAAUAUUGAUGAAAAAGCCUUCUUUGAUCUGAAGACAACAAAAAGAUUUUACAACUUCUGUGCACAAGACAGUCAGAAUGCCCAGUUGUGGAUGGACAGUAUUCAGAGCUGCUUGUCUGAUGCGUGACAUCUUCAAAGAAAGCAAAAUCAGCCUGGGUUAUAUGGAGGCAUUUUCACCUAGCUUGGGGAAAAUUGGUUCUACAGAGCACUGGAGGGGAGUUGUGUGGACUAAAGACAUUUGUAGGUCCCACGAAAGCAUGACUGGAAGGGUGAUUGGGUGACCUUGUUCAGUAUUGGUGACAUUGUGAACUGAUGAUGUCAUGUCACUGUCUUUCUGUGUUUGUCCUUCUUUUUUUCCCCCUAUGGCUACUGCAGUUGUCUUACUGUUUUCACAACAGCUCUGGUGAGUUACUGCUACCAUAAACCACACUUCGUUUACCACUGUUGGGGCUACUCUGGAAUUCAUAACCAAUAACGUAUACCUUGUUUCAGGUAAAAUGCAGCUCUCUCCAGACUACAAGUAUGGGCCCAAACUGGCAUUCCUUAGUAGUUUCUCAGUUGAAUAUGUCUGUCAGAAUUCAAAGCUUUUUUUUUUCCAGCCUGACUUGUGCACUACAGGCCUUUACUUGCUGACCUGAUCAACAUGAGGUUUCCUGAAGCAGACAUGUUCUCUUAUGAGAUAAAUAAGUAAUAUAUAUCACACACACAUUCAUACAUACUGUCUUCCAAAGCAUCUAAUGGAGUAGACAGUGUUUUGAUUGGGGUUAACUUCCCCAAAGACAUUGGUCAAGUCAAGCAUCAAUUUGAUUCAAUUCAGACCUCUCAACAGACCAAGUUUUAGUUCUGUCUGUAAAUUCAUCAUUUCUUGUUCAGUUGAGGCCCUAAGGCUCCAGUUUAUUUACUGUAUUAAACCCACGCAGAGAUAUCGCAAACAUUUUUUUCAAAUUUGGUUGGACAAAAGCACUUGGAACUGAACUUGAAUCACCUGGCUUUAGUGCACUAACAACUAGGCAGCACUGCUGUGGAAACAGAAUUAAACUAACAAUAAUUGAUUUGUUUUUUGAACAUAUAUGCUGUGUUUUUAAAUGUUACUUUUUGUUUUAAUGUGGUCUAUCAAGGCAGUGAUUUUACAGCCAUCCUGAGGCAGUGGUACCGAGAGGCAUUAAUAACCAGUGAGAUUUUAGGUAGCCAUAAAGAACUAUAAGCGAAUCAAUGUGUUCUGUAUUUUAAAUUUAGAAUUUUUUUUUUUUUUUAAUUUAGUAGUCGCCAAUAAUUUAUUAUUUUCUCCCAAUGUAGAAUAUCCAGUUAUUAUUUUAGGCUCAACUCAUCGCUACCACCCCUGUGCUGACUCGGGAGCAGCGACCACUUCUUUUUACACUGCAGACUCAGCAUGCAGCCAUCUCAGAGCUACAGCGUCAGAGGACAGUGCAGCUCUGGGCAGCUUACUGGCAAGCCCGCAGGUGCCCGGCCAGACUACAGGGGUCGCUGGUGCGUGGUGAGCAGAGGACAUUCUGGUCGACCCAAGCCCCCCUCCCCCCCUGGGCGGCGCUUUGCCAAUUGUGGGAACUCCCGUCCACGAUCGGCAAUUAAAUAGCCUGGUCUCGAAGCGUCGACGUCCAAGCUAUGGGGCAUAUCCUGCACUUCACGCAGAGUGCCUUUACCAGAUGUGCCACUCGGGAGCCCCUAAAUUUACAAUAUUGAUACAAUUUUUCAUCUGUAUUGGCCAUGUUUGCUAUUUACAUGGAAAACCCUGACAACCUAAGGUAAAAAAAAGUUCAAGAAUGCCAGUUUGGGUUUGUGAGUAUACAUCCACCUAGGGAAAGAGAGAAUGUUAAGUAGUAGAAAAUGAAUAUUUACAACUGUUUACAGAGCAGCUACCAACAAUAUUUAAAGCUCUUCCUUUUUUGUUGCUGUUACGAAACCACUAUUAAUGUUUAAAAUGUAAGGUAUGCAUAAGGAGAACGAGGGAUAUAUUAUGUUGUGAUUAUUAACUUAUGCAAAAUAGUUAUUAAAUGAAGCAAAGCAAACGGGAAAGGGGAAGCCCAAAAUAGCGAGUGGAUGCUAGUGUUUACAGAACACAGCUGUGAGAGGUUUAACUUGCUGUUCCAGUUAAUGAGCAUGUUCUUGACAUCUUGGAAUUACUACAUGCAAAUACCACCACUGUCCCCUGUAUUGUAUUCCAUGCUGACGUGUAUUUUUGUAAGAACGGUUUUCAGUUAACCAUCAUGGCCUGACUUAAAACUAUGUAUCUGAUCAAAGUGGUUUUUUUAAAGACCUUUUUUUUUUUUAUUAAAAUGGAUUGGCUGCUACUAAA